AUGUGGUUUGCCAUGGUCUGGAUCAUUGUUGGAGCUACUCUUCAGACGACUGCAUUCUCAAGGGCACAGCUGCUCGUGGCCCGCUUCAUCACCGGCAUCGGAACUGGUAUUGAGACGACCACCGUACCCGUAUACCAAUCCGAGUUGUGUGAGGCCAAGAAGCGCGGUAAGUAUGUCUGCAGUGAACCACUGUUUGUCGGCGUCGGUAUCGUGAUUGCAUACUGGUUCGACUACGGUAUGAGCUAUGUACCCGGUGCGAUCAACUGGCGGCUGCCGAUUGCAUGCCAGAUGAUCUUUGCGAUCAUGGUGAUUGGACUUGUAUUUGGUCUCCCAGAAAGUCCUCGCUGGCUCUAUCGCCACGGCCGGCCCGACGAAGCGCUGCAAGUUCUUUGCGAUGUCUACGAUAGGGCGCCCGACGACCCGAAGGUUGUGUCCGAAUCAUCGGGAAUACUGGAGGCGAUCGAACUGGAGACGCUGCAUGGCGAAUACAAGUGGUCCCAGAUUCUCAAACGGGAUGAGGUCCAGACAGGCAGGCGAGUGUUGCUGGCCUACGGCAUCCAAUUUAUGAAUCAGAUGGGAGGUAUCAACUUGGUCGUGUACUAUGUCACUUCGGUACUGCAGUAUAAUGUCGGUCUCGACCGGAGACUAAGUCUUCUACUUGGAGGCGUGAUCCAGGUCAUGUUUGUGAUCGGAUCCUUCUAUCCGACCUUCUUUUCCGAUCGAUUCGGCCGUCGAAACCCCAUGAUGUGGGGUUCGUUCGGCCUAUCCAUCUCUAUGAUGAUGAUCGCUAUUCUGCUUUCGUUCAAGGGAACAUCCGUUGAAAAGCCCACGGCUUCGGCUUCGGUCGCCUUUUUCUUCCUUUUCAUGCUCAUCUUCGGCGCUUCGGUCAACUGUAUCCCGUGGGUAUACGGUCCGGAGAUUCUCCCACUGCAUGUUCGCGCUAAGGGACAAGCAAUCGGCAUCUCGGCAAACUGGCUCUGGAACUUCUUUGUGGUGAUGAUCACCCCGACUCUGAUCGAGAAUCUCGCCUGGAAGGGAUAUCUGAUCUUCAUGUGUCUCAACAUGGUGUUUGUUCCGAUCGUUUACUUCUUCUACCCCGAGACUGCGAACCUGACCCUGGAGGAGAUCGACUUCCUCUUCACGGAUCGUGCAAGACAUCCCUCCUUGGGAUCACGUGCUGGAGAAGGGAUCAAAAUGGGUGAUGGGGCGGAUAAUGGGAGAAGUGUUAGUCCGGGUGAGACCAAGGGUCACGUUGAGGAGAAAGAGUGA